AUGUCUCCUCCUUCUGCAUCGAAUGGCAAGAAAGUCGGUGUACGCGAUCUAUUAAAUGGUGGUCUAUUGCAAUGUAUAGAAGCUGCAACAUUGGGGAUGCCCUUUGAGGUCUGGAAAACACGCAUGGGUCGCUAUCGUUCCGAAUCGACACUACAGGCCUUUCGUAAUGUCAUGCAAGAAGGUGGUGGUAUUUCUGCAUUCUGGGCUGGUACUGGUCCAAAGAUGGUGGAGUCAGCAUCCAAGGGUGCUAUCCUUCUCUUCUCUAAGGAGGCCAUCUCGGACUCACUGCUGUCUGCAGGCGUUGGUAAGACGGCAACGGGGUUCCUUGCUGGUGCCGGUGGUGGUGUUUGUCAGGUUGUGGUCAUGGGCCCUUGCACUUUCUUGGUCACUGGUGCUGUCACGGGUGAUCGUUCCAUCUCUACGAUGCAACGUAUCCACAAUGUCUACGGUGCUCAUGGCCUUAAGGGAUUCUACCCGGGAGGAACUGCUAUUGCCUUCCGUCAGGCUACCAAUUGGGCAUCACGUCAGGGCUUUACGGAGAUUGUACGCGGUCAAUUCAAGGUAUUGUUUCAUGGGGAUAAGGAUGCCAAGCUGUCGGUAGCCCAGGAAGCUAGUGCCGGUAUUGUUGGUGGCGCUUUGGCUUGCUGGAAUCACCCUUUCGAGGUAGCACGCAUCCAGAUGCAAAGCGCUGCGGACCGUGGUGAACCCAAGCAGAACAUGAUGCAGGUCUUUCGCACGGUUAUCAAGGAGCAAGGCUAUGGUGGCCUCUUUAAAGGCAUUGUGCCACGUCUGGGUCUCGGCAUUUGGCAGACGCUCUUCAUGGUCACGGGCGCGAAGCUCGUGCGACAAGCGUUAGAGGACAAGAAAUAA